UCAUUUUAAAACCGGAAGUCUGAUCACGACUUCGCCAACGAGCUCCACUUCAAGCUAAAGUCGAUGGUGCACUUCGAGCGGGAUAUUGGCGACAGUUCCAACGUGUCCGCCAAACAACAAAAGCGUGAUCGUUACGAAGAAGCUGGAGACGAGCAGCACAUUGGGACAACUGUCAUGGUCAAGGGCGGUCGUAAGCAAGGGCGUGGUCGCAACUAUGGUGGUGGAGACGCAAAGUGCAACUCGGUGGGACAAUUCGAGCAGGACAUUGGUCCCACUUCCAUGAUUAAGGACGGCUAUAAGCAAGGAAACGAUCGUAAAGUAGGCGCUGGAGACGGCAAGCAAAACUCCAUGGAGCAAAUCAAGCAGCCAAUUAAGAAGACAGCCAUGGUCAAGGCCGGCCACAAGCAACGUCGUGCUCGUAACGAUGGAGGUGGUGAUGGAUAA